CUCCUAUGAGCUCGUGUCUAUGAUCGUCGUGUGCUCUGUUCUUGGUACGAUCAUCCUAGGAACCAUUCUUGGAAAUAUUUUCGUGAUUUCCGCGAUAUUAUUAGAGAAGAGCCUGAGAGCCACAUCGAAUUAUUUAAUUCUGUCUUUGGCGGUUACAGACUUGAUGGUGGCUGUUUUGGUAAUGCCUAUAAGUAUAUUGAACCAGAUUAGCACCUCUUGGAGACUCGGGACGCCGGUUUGCGAUAUGUGGAUUUCGUUCGACAUUCUCUGCUGCACGGCCUCCAUACUGCACCUCGUGGCUAUAGCGCUUGACCGCUACUGGUCAGUGACUAAUGUGGAUUACACAAGACACAGAUCCACUAGUAAAAUCCUGCUGAUGAUUGUAAUAGUGUGGUGUGUUUCAUUCUCCAUCUCUGUUCCGCCUUUGUUGGGAUGGCGGGACAGUAACCAGAGCCCCGAGCAUACGGGCUAUUGCUUGAUUAGCCAAGAUCCAGGAUAUACUAUAUUCUCCACCGUCGGAGCGUUCUACAUUCCUCUUAUGCUUAUACUUGCCCUGAAUUUAAAGAUUUACCGUGUUGCCAGGAAACGGUUUAAAAAACGCAGCGUUCUUCGAGCGGCUUUACAAGUUCAGCGUGCAUCGAUCACGAUGCUUGUAGGUACCGGAUCUUACAUGCCUCAAGCUAGCCACGCCGAGACAUGUCGCAGUGAUGUGAAAAUGACAAAUACUUCGAUAUACGUAGACGAGAAAACAACAACGCUGCAGCCAACUCAGCAAACGUGUGGUAAUUUAUUGACAGUUAAUGUACAUAACCCCAACUUACUCAGCCCCCAUACAUGUCAUAUUCAGCCGGAAGCUCAUUCUUUGUUACGACCCAGUUGUAGUACGAUACCGAGACCUAGCACGGCUGAGAUAGAUGCACCGGAAACGACGUACGACAACGGUUACACGCCCAUUACUAAAGACAGUUCCUCGGGUGGCAAAAAGUCGGACAAAAUCCGUCGAUUUACAGUACCCGAGAUCAAAAAAGAGAAACGGACGGCCAGUGUUUUAGGGAUUAUCACCGGUGCAUUUAUUCUCUGUUGGCUGCCGUUUUUCAUUGUGGCCCUGAUUAAACCAUUCUGUCAGAUUUCCUGUGUCUUCCCGGAUCUUAUGAUGAGCCUGUUCGUUUGGCUCGGCUACUUCAAUAGCAUGAUCAACCCAAUCAUUUACACUGUGUUUAACCCCAAUUUUCGCCUAGCGUUUCGUAAACUACUCUGUGGAAGGUUAAGGAUACAAAAAGAACGGACGACAUUACCCAAACCUCGAUGAAUGU